AUGAGCCAGCGGAGCCCCUGCUUCCAGAGCCCCUCCCCCUGCCCCGCCCCUCCCCGUAGGGCCAGAGGGCAGGCCCAGCACCGUCGGGUUAAGAUGGCAGCCCACAGGCGGCACUUCAGGUGCUUUGACGCACUGCUGGAUGACCCGUCCCAGUGCAGCAGCCCCCACGGCCCCCCUGAGAAUGCAGCCUGCUGCCUCUGCCCCGACCCCCAACACGGCCACGCCCACAGGAAGCCCACUUGGCCGGACGAGGCUCCGCCCACAGGACAGCAGCGUAAAAGGCUGGUGCUGGUGAAGAACAGCGACCCCGCGGUGCGGAGGAGCAUCGUGCUCCACCAGCGUGCGCUGCGCAGCCUGCGGCUCUUCCUGGAGGAGGCCUCUGAGCUCCUGCGCUGCCACAUCCGCAAACUCUACACGCUGGACGGACGCAAGAUUGACAGUGUACAGGGCCUGAUGCAAUGCCUCGGUGUGCUGGUGUGUGUGGGGCAGGAGCCCUUUCAUCCCCUGCUGGUGGAGAGCUUCCGGACGACAUCAGAGGAGAAACUCCCCAGAGUGCCCACAAAGUCCCGCUCCAUCAUCAGGACAGAGGGCCAGGAAUGCGUGAAAAAUGUAAACUUUGGACUCGAAACAAAGAAGAGUAUCAUCCACCCAAGAUCUGAUUCCACCGCCCGAUCACCAAGGCACUCCCUGUCUUCAGAAAAGUCCUUUCCCAACGGACUGAACUCCAUGUCUCUGGGAAAUUCUGGAUAUUCUGGUUCCUGUCCACAUGUUAGAGAAAGUAUUACAGCUGAUGACAUUGAAAAAAAAGUUAUAGUCAACAAGAAUGGGAGCCUUUCAGUGGAGAUGAAAGUACGUUUCCAUCUCCUGAACAAUGAGACACUCCAGUGGUCCACUGAGGUUAAGAAAUCUCCAGGGACCAUUAAAGACCAAGCACAUUACCUCCAACAAAGCCAUUCUGAAAGCUGGUCAGAGACAGAUUCCAUUUCUACAAAUGAGGCAGAGGAUGCUUACAUCACAAAACUCUACCAAAGGCAUCUAGAGGAUCCUCACUGCCAAUACUGCUGUGCUCACUGCCUGGAGUACGAGAUUUGGAAGAGCCAGAUGCAGGUGGAUCUGCAGGCUACCACCCAGCAAAACAUCAUCCUGCUCAGCUACCUCCACAAGAUCCACAGAGUCCCACCGAGCUGCACCAGCAGGCCAGCAGGCUCACAGGCUUUGCCAAAUAGCUGCCAUUCUUCAGUACAGCUCAUGAAGGUGCUGUUGAGUCCAAAACUUUACAGAUGCAACAGCCUACCUGAAGUAUCACCUGUAUAUGGGCGAAAGCUUAGUAAUUCAGCUAAAGAACUACUGGAUUGCCUUGCAAAUCUUCAGUUGAUAGACUCCGGUUCAGCAGGUUCAAAUGCUAAAGAUGCAAAAUAUGAAGAACUCAUGAAUAUCCUGCAGUCACUGUGGCUCACUGGCCCCUCUGACUCUGAACAGCCAAAGAAGCAGAAAAAUAAAUUGAAAGAGCCACCUUCAGUAGAGGAGGAGUUCACCCCCAGAUCAUCCUCAGGCGUGGAUGUCAGCAGUGGUUCCGUAGGCUCUGGAAAGAGCAGUGUUAAUGGCAACAGCAAGACACAGAAAACACAAUCUGCUGCAGAGGCUAGAGGCAAAGACCAGGACGAACAGUUCAAAUUAUUGGAAGAACCUGAAGAGAAUGAAGAAGAAAUUGAAACAGAUCCACAAAACGAUAUAAGUUCUGGGACACCCCCAUCUGUCCAAAGAGCACAAGUAGCCAAAAAAGUUUCACCGGACACUGAUCCUGUUUGGGUGCUGAAUUUAUUAAAUAAACUAGAGAAGCAAUUUAUGACACAUUAUGUGAAUGCAAUGACUGACUUUAAGAUACGAUGGAAUUUGGAAGAUAAUGAACAGCUUGAUACCAUGAUAAAUGAACUGAAAGAUGUAGUUCACAAGAGGAUACGAUCGAGCAUUGACAGAGAACUGAAAAAAAUACAGAGCUGUGCUGGGAAAGUUCCUAGACCACCAAAGAAGGCUCUGUCCCGUGAGUCAACCACACAAACCGAACUGCGCCGUCGCCAGCUAAAGGCAAUGCGCAACCAGUCCAUUGACACAGAGAAAAGUGAUGAACAUUAUACAGCCACUGGGACUGAACUCAGUGACCAGCCAAGUGAGGAUGAAUACUGCCCUUGUGACACUUGUAUGAAAAAGAAAAUUCAAUUUAGACCUGCAGGUCUCUUUGAGCUUGUAAGUUCUGCUCCUGCAAUGAUGGACUUUGAUUUACGGAAAAUUCUGCAUUUGAAGAAGGAAAUUCCUACUAAUAUCCCUGAAGAGAGAUGUACAGAAGAACAAACAAACAGGUAUGAUCUGACCAAUGAUGAUGCAAUGCAAGCAGGAAAAUUGAGCCUUGAGAUUAUGAAAAUGAAGCUGAAGAAGACGAUGCAGCCGAAAGAGACACAACUGAAGCUGAAGAUGAUUUUUCUGAAGGAGACCCAACAGAAGCUGGAGAAGAUGGAAUAG